AGGACGUCCGGACUGGCCCUUCCGGCGUUGUCAUCACCGCGAACGCCUAUUUGGUGGUCUUGGCGCUUCUCGUGUCCGAGCUGAGAGACUUCCUCACACCGAGUUAUUCGACUACGAUUGUUAUCGACAGUAAUCGAGAGAAGUCGGUGAAGCUGAACUUCGACAUCGUGCUGUUUGAUUUGCCAUGCAAAUAUCUGAAGCUAGUAGUAUAUGAUAAAUGGUUGGUGGGAUUCAAUGAGGAGGAGCUGGAUGUUGCAGAUCGUGCGUCAUUCAUGCCCGUUGAUCACGAACAACUUCCUUCGGGCAGGACAUACACGUCGGAUGAAAUCAGCGAGUUGCAAAGACGCGAUACUGUAACAGACGUCAGCGAGGAAGAGCAAAAAAAGCUGGACUCGGAUUGGGCGUCCACCGACGACCACUUUCACCACACUGAUUUCGAGAAGGUGGUUUCCUUCCAUGAUUUUACACUUGUGUUUUUUUUUGCAGGAUGGGAACGGUGGCGGAUUUUGCCAAAGGUUCGCGCCGGCAUGGAUGGAGGCGGCAAACCAGAUGAGCGAGAGAAAGGUCUUCACCGACGCGGACGGCAAGCAGGGGACGGUGAAGUUCUUGAGAAUCAAUUGUGUUGCCUUCGGGGACGCUUGCCGACGAGCCCAGGUCUCCGCGUUCCCCUCCGUGCGCCUCUACAAGCGCGACGGCUCCUUCGAGGCGUUCCGCGGGCGGCGGACCCUGGAGGGCAUCGCCGGGUUCCUGGAGGGCGCCCUGGGCGCCUCGAGGGGCAGCAUGCUGAUGAGCCAGCAGCACCACACGAUGUUCAGCGAAGGCUGCGAGGUGUCUGGGACGCUGGAGGUGCCUCGAGUGCCUGGCCACUUCUACCUGCAGGCGCAGGCUAUCGCGGACCAGAGCGUGAAUCCGGCCCUCACGAACGUGUCCCACCUCGUGAAGCGCCUGUCCUUUGGAGACCUGGACCCGACCGUAGUGAGGGUCCAGGGGAAGAUCCCGCAGGACAUGGUGAAGCUGCUGAAUCCGCUCGACGGGAGGAAGUUUGUCGUGGAGCGUUUUCACGAGGCCCCCCAGCACAACCUCGAGGCCGUCAGCACGUACGCUAGCAGCUCCGACCCAGCCUGGAAUGCCGGCAACAACGUGUGGUACCAGAUGACCCACACCGACCGUGUCAGACGCCUGCGCAAGGACGUGCGAGGACUCGCGCCCCAGGCCCGCUUCAGCUACGACCUCUCGCCCACGAGCGCGGUGGUCGGCCCGAGGCCGCGGAGGUGGUACGCCUUCCUCACGUCGCUCUUCGCCAUCCUCGGGGGCACGUGCACCACCGUGGAGCUGUGCAGCGAGGGCGUCGUCUGCGUGGGCACCGCGGUGAAGGAGGCCAUGGGGAAGACCGCCUGAGCGGCCGCGGGCCUGGCCGGCAGACCCCCCCGGGGGGCCUCCGCGCUCCUCGGCAGAGCCGAGCCAGAAAAGGAGGGCGGGCCGACCCCGCCGCCCGUCCGGGCACGCACGCACGGCGCCGCGAGGCAACACACGACGGGAUUGCGAUAGCGCGCGGCGUUAGCAAGAAGGGGGGGCUUCCUUCUUAGUCUUCGAAAAACCCUACGGAGCAGACCUUGGCAUUUUUCCACGCCUCAACGUGCACAAGGCACGGUGGCGGGCAUCUCUGCGUACACUCACUGUUUCACCUUGACUGCCAGCAUGGACCCCAAGCAGUGAAUUUGUGCACUGCGGAUGUGCAAACUGGCUGGUGGAAGCAAUGUGGUGCAAGCCACGUGGCGGAAG